AUGUCGGCCAAAAAUGCGUCGAAGUGUGUGGUGAAUGAUUGUAAAUCAAAAGAUGUUAUUUGUCACCGAUUCCCUAAUCCAAGAACAGACAUGCAAAGAUAUGCAGGAUCGAACUGUGAAGAAGACUUCAAAGAAGGAAGCUUGUCAUCAUUCAAAAUUUUUUUUGAGAGUGCCAUUGCUUCAACGUCUGACUUUGAGAACCAAAUUGUCAUUAGUGCUGAUUUGCCUCCAACACUACAUAAUUUAUCAAUGACUACUUCUUUUGUUCGAGGACAAGCUCAAAAUUACAUUGCCGGAUUUACAGAAAAAGACAAUGAGACUGAUCCCGUUCAAAAAUUGGCCUACACAUGGUAUUUAAAGCACUCCAAGACCAGAAAAACUCAGGGAAAGUUUAACUUAAUUUAA